GGUAACUACAAAACAAGAGUCAAAGUUCAGCUUUUAAAAAGAAAACAACUCAACUAGUUCGUAUAUAAUUAAAUCUUUUGUACUUUGCAAUUAGUCUUCUUGCAGAGUUCUAAAAGUUAGGUUAUAAAUAAUUCUUGAUUACUAACAACUAGUUUCGAAAGUUUUAAAAUGGGGAAGCCUCCGAUAUUGUAUAAGAUGGAUGCAAGCCCCCCAGCACGGGCAGUGAUGAUGGUUGCUAAUAUAUUGGAAUUGAGUAUUGACAAACAAGACUUGAAUCCUGUUUUCCGGGAACAAGAUACACCGGAAUUUGUCAAGAAAAAUCCAAUGAAGACAAUACCAAUAUACGAAGAAGAUACAUUCACAUUGGCAGACAGCCACGCCAUAAUAAUUUACCUAAUGGAGAAAUAUGCUAAACCCUAUCAUUACCAUCUCUACCCGUCGCAUCAUAGAAAAAGAGCCGUUAUACACCAAAGGCUAUUCUUCGACAGUGGUAUUCUAUUUCCGAGACUGCAAGCUGUUAUGGCUCCUACUUACGUCGGCCGGUUGUCAGAGAUGACGCGCGGCAUGAUAAAGAAUAUAGAGGCUGCAUACGAUAUCCUUGAAUCUUAUCUGGCUGAUACUAUAUACAUAGCCGACGACUUGAUUACUAUAGCAGAUAUUAGCAUUAUAUCUACUAUGGGGACUUUGGACGGACUACUGCCCGUUAAUGAAAAAAGGUUUCCCAAAUUAAAACGGUGGAUGGAAAAUAUGAAUAAAACGUAUUAUUGCAAGAAAAUAAACAUUCCCGGCGCCAAAAUGCACGUAGAAAGCCUUCUGACGUGUAUGGAACUUACUAAACAAAAGAAAUCGAAGUUAUAAAUGUAUAAGGCAAAAUACUUGCACUAAAAUUACUUUUAAGAUAGGGAUGGAAUAUAUAAGGCGAAAGAUCAAAUGCUUACACUAUAAUUACUAUUAACUAGCGCGGCGAUAGCCUAGUUGGGUGUGGAACGAACUGCGGAGACGAAUGUCCGCAGAUUGAAAUCCCACACCUGUUUUUUUCUAAAAUUAUGUGUGUAUUCUUUGCGAGUUAUCGCUCGCUUUGACGGUGAAGAAAAACAUCGUGAGGAAACCUGCAACCUGAAAAAUUCUCUAUAUUCAUUUUGAGGGUGGUGAAGUCUACCAAUUCGCAAAAAGCCAGCGUGGCCCACGCGUGGGACAGUAUAUAUAACAAGGCUGAUAUUAUUGUAUAGGAAUGGUAUAUUUAUAACAUAUUCAAAGGUAAAUGGCAACAAUUAAAAUCCAAAUAAAGAA